AUUUCCGCCUUUCUAAGCAUUCCUUUCCUGUCUGCGGCCUUCGUCAAGAUGGCGGUGCAAAUUUCAAAGAAGAGAAAGUUUGUCUCAGACGGCAUCUUCAAAGCCGAGUUGAACGAGUUCCUGACUCGUGAGCUCGCAGAGGAUGGUUACUCUGGUGUUGAGGUCCGUGUCACACCAACAAGAACAGAAAUAAUCAUCCUAGCCACCAGGACUCAGAAUGUCCUGGGAGAGAAAGGCCGCCGCAUUAGGGAGCUGACUGCUGUGGUGCAGAAGAGGUUUGGGUUCCCAGAGGGCAGUGUGGAGCUUUAUGCCGAGAAGGUUGCCACCAGGGGUCUAUGCGCUAUUGCCCAGGCGGAGUCACUGCGCUACAAGCUGCUCGGAGGCCUGGCUGUCCGUAGGGCCUGUUACGGCGUCCUGCGCUUCAUCAUGGAGAGUGGGGCCAAGGGCUGCGAGGUCGUUGUCUCUGGCAAGCUCAGGGGUCAGAGAGCCAAGUCCAUGAAGUUUGUGGAUGGGCUGAUGAUCCACAGUGGAGACCCCGUCAACUACUACGUCGACACUGCCGUGCGCCAUGUCCUGCUCCGACAGGGCGUACUUGGCAUCAAGGUUAAGAUCAUGCUUCCCUGGGACCCCAGUGGCAAGAUUGGCCCCAAGAAGCCUCUGCCUGACCAUGUCAGCAUCGUGGAGCCCAAAGAGGAGAUCCUCCCCACCACCCCGGUGUCAGAACAGAAGGGCGCCAAGCCCGAGGUCCCCGUCAUGCCACAGGGAGCUCCCGUCCCCACAGCAUGAAGGGUGUUCACCAUUGGAUGAUGAAGAGCCUGUGAUUCUGUACAAAAAUAAAAAGACAAAUAUA